CAGACGGAAUUAGAAAAGCCCCCCGGGGGUCUAUUUUUACUUGAGCAGCCGGGCGCACGUGUCGUCCAGCUGCCGCCACGCGAAUGUCAUUUGUGUGUCUGACUCCCUGAUGACCGCCGCGUCGGCCUCAUUCGGUACCGCGUCCUUGAGCUCCCACAGCUUUUCAAUGAAACUGAAGGCCUGGGCCAGCAUGGGCAUGUGCAGGGACGCUUGCUGUGCCCACGUGGACAGGAGAAGCGAUGACCCCUCAAAGGUGGCCGAGCAAGAGACCAGAGAAGAUAAAAUGCAAAUGAAAAAGGAAAUCACCUUAAUCAACGGCAUCUGCCUGAUUGUGGGCAACAUGAUUGGCUCGGGGAUAUUUGUCUCGCCCAAGGGCGUCCUGAUAUAUAGCGCCUCCUACGGACUGUCGCUGGUUAUCUGGGCGCUCGGAGGAAUCUUCUCUCUGAUUGGGGCCCUUUGCUAUGCUGAACUUGGGACGACCAUCCCAAAGUCGGGGGCCAGCUACUCGUACAUCCUGGAGGCAUUUGGUGGGUUCACUGCCUUCAUCCGACUUUGGUCGUCCAUCCUAAUCAUCGAGCCUUCAUCGCAGGCCAUCAUCGCCAUCACAUUCGCCAAUUACGUGGUGCAGGCCAUCUUCCCGUCCUGUGAGCCGCCUUAUGAAGCCGUGCGGCUGAUUGCAGCUGCGUGCAUCUGUACCCUGGUCUUCAUAAACUGUGCGCAUGUCAAGUGGGGGACCCUCAUACAGGACCUCUUCACGUACGCCAAAGUCUUCGCCCUCAUUCUGAUUAUCUCUGUGGGGAUUGUGAAGAUCAACCAAGGUCACACGCAGAACCUUCACGCCGCCUUUCAUGGAUCUUCAACUCAGAUGGGGAGCAUCGCCCUGGCGCUCUACUCUGCGCUUUACUCCUACAGCGGCUGGGACACUCUGAACUUUGUGACAGAAGAAAUUAAGAACCCCCAAAGGAACCUUCCUCUUGCAAUCAUCAUAUCCAUGCCGGUUGUCACCAUCAUCUACCUCCUCACUAAUGUGGCCUACUAUGUUGUCCUUGAUAUGCCGGCACUCCUGGCCAGUGACGCAGUGGCAGUGAGCUUUGGUAAUGAAGUUCUGGGAUAUGCAAAAUGGAUCAUCCCAGUGGCGGUGGCCAUGUCCUGUUACGGUGGAUUAAACUCCUCGAUAAUUGCGGCCUCCAGACUCUUCUAUGUUGGAGCGAGAGAAGGCCAUCUUCCAGACAGCUUAAGUUUAAUCCACAUUGAGCGCUACACGCCCGUCCCUGCUCUCGUUUUCAAUGGAUUAAUGGCGCUGGUGUAUCUCUGUGUAGAAGACAUAUUCCUUUUAAUCAACUACUUCAGCUUCAGCUACUGGCUCUUUGUGGGCUUGUCAGUGGUGGGACAAAUUCGUCUAAGAGUCACGCAGCCUGACCGGCCGAGACCUGUGAAGCUGAGCCUCGUCUUCCCUGUGAUUUACUGCAUCUGCUCCCUCUUCCUGGUAGUUGUCCCCCUCUAUGAAGACACCAUCAACUCGAUGAUUGGAGUGGCAAUCGCCUUGUCUGGUGUGCCAGUGUACCUCGUUGGCAUCUAUUUACCAGUCGAGAAGAGGCCGAGGAUCAUUUGUCAUCUAAACGGGAUCCUCACAAGGUUCACCCAGACGCUCUUCAACUGCUGCCUUACUGAACUGGAUGUAGAAGAGGAGACAACGUCAGAGAAUAAAGUCAAAUAAAAUAAAACAAAGAACUGGCUUUGACAUGAAGAGAACUCUGGGCGCUUGGGGACUUUUGGAAAUCUCAAAACUGCUUUGUGUUGCACAUAAAACUUUACAACGUCCUCGUGUUCUUUUUCUAUUUUGUAUAUUUGGAACCACAGAAAUACACAAAUGCAUUUUAUGAA